AUGAAACGGGUCGCUAGCACUAAACUGUCCGAGGAGGAGCGCACAGAACAAACAAGCCAAGUUUGGCUUCAAAACGCAAAGUUUCAGGAGGUUCUGGGCGCUGAUUCAUCGCACAAAUCCCUGUUCCUUCUCCUCUCCCAGCCCGAUGGAUCUCAAGGCAUUCUUCUCGCCAACAAAUCCCCGUUUUCCGAGGACAAAUCCGACAUUGAGAAGCUUCUAGAGACAGCGAAACUUCAGGAAAUCUCGCGUAACGACAUUUUCGGAUCCUAUAAUAUUGAAGUGGAUGGCAAACUUAAUUUGCUUAAAUCUCAACUAAUCUACCCGGUCAACGAUCGGCUCAUCGCCAAAUAUCGUCAGGAGGAGAAAUUCGUGAUUCGAGAGACGCCGGAGCUUUAUGAGACUGUCACAAAACCAUAUAUCGAGAAGUUUCAGCUAAAUCUCAAUUGGGUCUACAACUGCCUGGAAAAGCGUUCCGAAGUCGACAAAAUCGUCUACGAGGAUCCAGACAAAAAUAAUGGAUUCCUUCUGCUCCAGGACAUUAAAUGGGAUGGAAAAACCAUUGAAAAUCUCUAUGUGCUCGCUAUCAUCCAUCGCCACGGGCUGAAAUCGGUCCGCGAUUUGACUGGAGACGAUUUGGAGAUGCUCUAUAACAUCCGUGACAAAUCCCUCACCGCUAUCAACGAGAAAUACGGGCUACAAAAGGACCAAAUCAAGUGCUACUUCCAUUAUCAGCCAUCAUUUUAUCAUCUACACGUUCAUUUUAUCAAUUUGAAGUAUGAUGCACCGGCUAGCACGACGAUGUCGGCGAUUCUUCUGGAUGACGUCAUCAAUAAUUUGGAAUUGAGCUCGGAUCACUACAAAAAAUCCACGUUGACAUUUACGAGGAAGAAUGGUGAUAAGCUGAUGGAGAUGUUCAGAGAGGCGACGGCUUCUAAAUAA